CACAUUUCUAGUGCUGAGCUUUGAAAAUUGUAAGAAUUCUGAAAUGCCAACAAAAAUUAGUCAACCUGGAGCAGCAUAUUCGUCCCAUACAGAGUUAGACAUCAGGAAGGGGAAGCGCACGAUCGGAGAAGUUGCGUCGCCCCCACGACGCAAACGGAGUCGCAACGCGCUGGCAUACACUGAAGUUGACAACAGCGAAGAGCAUGCUGCUACACGAGUGCCGAAAGCCUCAAGGAAAACGUCGCGCACACAGUGUGGGAAAGCAGCAGAAGUUCUUGUAAAGAGGAACGCAGAGGGCCAGGUCAAGCUUCAGGAAGAGGAGACGAGUAUUGCAUCUGUAGCGACGCCAAUUCGAGGCAAGGGAAAGAGAAGUCAAGUUAAGGACGAGGUUGCAGAUAAGAAAGGCGCUGAUUCAGACAGCGCCAUUGUAGGCCCGACUAGACAUCAGAGAAAAGCAAAGGGCGAGAGGAGAGAAGCAAUGCCUCUUGCGUCGCGAACACUAGGCUCUAAGGUGCUCAUCGGUGCGCAUGUGAGCAGUGCAGGCGGGGUUCAGAACGCCAUCCUUGAAAGCGUGAAUAUAGGCGGCAAUGCAUUGGCUCUAUUUCUAAAGUCCCAGCGGAAGUGGGAGAAUCCGGCUUUACGAGACGAGCAAGUCGCCGGCUUUUUGUCCCACUGCAGAGAGCAUAAGUACGGGAGCCCUGAUCAUGCUAUACCACCAAUAGUUCCUCACGGUUCAUAUUUGGUGAAUCUCGCGCAUCCUGAUCCCCCGCGUGCAAAGCAGGCAUAUGAUUCCUUCUUGGACGAUCUUCAACGCUGUUCGAAGUUGGGUAUACGUCUGUAUAACUUCCAUCCUGGCAAUUGCGGAGCCUCGGAGACUCGAGCGCAUGCAAUUGCCCAUCUGGCGCAGCAGCUGAAUAAGGCACACAAAGAUCCAUCAUCAGGAGAUGUAGUGACGUUGCUUGAGACAAUGACCAGCUCCACGAACGUUUUGGGUGCCACGUUUGAAGAUCUGGCACAAACAAUUGAUCUGAUCGAUGAUAAGGAAAGGGUGGGCGUGUGCCUUGACACAUGCCACGUGUUUGCCGCCGGCUAUGACUUGCGAACGCCGGAAACGUUCAGAGCCGUAAUGGACAAGUUUGAUGAAAUUGUUGGUCUGAAGUACUUGAAAGCGCUCCAUAUGAACGACUCGAAAGCACCUUUCAACAGUGGCCGCGACCUACACGCAAACAUUGGCACAGGUUUUCUUGGCCUCCGAGCAUUUCACAAUAUCAUGAACGAGCCACGCUUAUGGGGGCUGCCGAUGGUGUUGGAAACGCCGAUCGAGGUGAAGAAUGUUAAGACUGGGAAGGAAGAAGCCGAUAAGUCGAUCUGGGCACGGGAGAUCAAAUUGCUUGAAUCCUUAGUUGGCAUGGACGUAGAGAGCGCAGAGUUCUUGCAGCUAGAGGCAGAACUGCAUAGCCAAGGUCAAGCUGAGAGAGAUAGAAUCCAGGCGCAAGUAGACAAGAAGGGGGCGAAGGCAAAGCGGACAGCAACAGUAUCCAAGGCAAAUCCUGCGAACAAAAAGGGCAAGAAGGCCAGCACAGGGCGAAGGACUGCUGUCGACAGCGAUUCGAGUUGAGAUCGAAAUCACAAACUAGGGCGUGCAUGAACUCGAAUACGUGCGAACCUGGAAACGGGCAUACUUCUACGCGAAUACUUCAAGUGUCGGUUCCUUUCUAGAUAGGAUGCCGAUCCGUGAGGGGGUCACGGUACCUGUAGAAAAUACGGCACACAAGACGGCGAUGUUUCAGCAUUCAAGCACAAGGCGCGCGUGUUUCGGCAGAGGCCUUUGGACGGGUUAGUUGAGUAGUAAAAGCUUCAUAGAUUAAGCUUUUUCCGUGCUGAACGGAGAUGGAAUCUGAUGGAACCUUGUCCUGUGGUUCGACGCACG